GCUUUCUCUCUCUCUCUCUCUCUCUUCUCUCUCUCCACCCUGAUGGUCAAGCUUCUCUAUGGCUCCGGUGCGGUCGCCGAGGGGCUGAAGCCCUCGCCGGCGCCGUUUGGGUUGCUAGAUCCGCAGGCUAUGGUGACGGUGCAGGAGGAAAGAUCGCCCUGGGACGAUGUCCCUGGGCUCGAAGAGCAGCAGCGGCGGCGUCUCACUCGGAUUUACAAAUGGGGGGUGCUCUGGAGGAAACCUAGUGAGGGAGAAGCGCCGGUGUCUAUGAGGUUUAGGCUGGAGCACGGGGGGGAGGUGGAGGCCGACGGGAACUGUUUGUUUACGGCGGUGAGCGUCACGAUGGGUGGUAAAAUUAGGGCCAGGGAGCUGAGGCGGAGGGCAGUGGAGAGGUUCCUCGAGGAUUACGAGAGGGAUGAUGGAGCUGGGAGGAUUGAAGUCGAUAAGGCCAUCAGGCAUUUGUAUUCGCCGGAUCUGAAGGUUGGAUGGGGGAUUCACGUCGUUCAGGACGUGAAAUUGCUUGCAAAGAAGGCGGAUCGCCUAAGGCUUGAUGCCGCAAUCAGGGACCUUGUAGAUCUAGGGCUCGAGAGGGAAGUUGCUGCUGAGUCAAUAUAUAAGGAGAGGUGCAUUCCAGUGGAUGAUGGCCAGAGUUGGGCUAAGUACAUGUCCAUCUCUGGUUCACCCGAAGAUGAAUUUCAGAUAAUUACUUUGCUAUAUACAGAAGAGGGCUUGUUAAGUGUUGAUGAGAACAGGGAUGGCCAUGCUGCCACAUUUGGGGAUGAUAUUGCUAUUGAGAGCCUUGCGACUGAGUUCAAACGCCAAGUCUAUGUGGUUCAAGCCCAUGGUUCAGAUGCCAUGCUUGACGAAGAAAAUUGUGUUUUCUUCCUUCCACAUAGUCCAAGGGGCCAAAUUUGUGAACCACCCAUUUUUCUCUUCAUGAAAGGGACAGGUUGGUGUGGUGCUGGAGCUGACCAUUACGAACCUUUGCUGGCCACUCCUCUUCCUCUAAGUUCUCAAGAGAAGGCAGCCGUUCUACUUUGAAGACCUAUUGGUCAACAUUUUUGUGGAAAUAUAGAGGUUAAUUCAGUAGUGUCGUCUUUGAGGUUCUGCCCAUAUAUUUUUUUGGGGAUGGAAGGACAUAUUCGUAUACAGAGUAUUUAUUAUUAACACAAUCCAAUUCGGAUCUAUAUUAACUUCAUUGCAAGUGCUACCUGUGUACGAGACUUUGUAUGACCUCUAUAGAGGUAUUAGGUUUGAUUGGCUUGAGAGGUUUUCUCUUAUGGUGUUUUCAUUUUUUCUUUUUUUGGGGGCCAGGCUUAAGCCAAGCAUUUUGGUGCUUCAAUGUUGUAUUAUCUUUUGAAUUCUCCCCACCUGAUUCAAUGGUAUAAAUUUACACAUUCAUUC